AGGACCUGAAAUAACCACUGAUCCUGCUGAAAUGACCACUAGAGCAGCUGAAAUAACCACUGGAGCAGUGGAAAUAACUACUAGGGCAGCUGAAAUAACCAGUGCACCAGCUGAAAUGACCACUGGAGCAGCUGAAAUAACCACUGAUUCCGCUGAAAUAACUACUAGAGCAGCUGAAAUAACCACUGGAGCAGUUAAAAUAACUACUGGGUCAGCUGAGAUAACCAGUGCACCUGCUGAAAUAACCACUGCAGCAGUGGAAUUAACUACUGGGGCAGCUGAAAUAACCAGUGCACCAGCUGAAAUAACCACUGGAGCAGUGGAAAUAACUACUGAAGGACCCGAAAUAACCACUGCUCCUGCUGAAAUCACUACUAGAGCAGCUGAACUAACCACUGGAGCAGUGGAAAUAACUACUGGGGCAGCUGAAAUAACCAGUGCACCAGCUGAAAUAACUACUGGGGCAGCUGAAAUAACCAGUUUACCAGCUGAAAUUACCACAGUAGGAGCUGAAAUAACAAGUGCACCAGCUGAAUUAACCACUGGAGCAUUGGAAAUAACUACUGAAGGACCUGAAAUAACUACUGGGGCAGCUGAAAUAACCACUGAUCCUGCUGAAAUAACCACUGGAGCAGUGGAAAUAACUACUGGGGCAGCUGAAAUAACUACUGAAGGACCUGAAAUAACCACUGAUCCUGCUGAAAUGACCACUGGAAAAGCUGAAAUAACAACUGACCCUGCUGAAAUAACCACUGGAUCAGUGGAAAUAACUAGUGGGGCAGCUGAAAUAACCAGUUUACCAGCUGAAAUUACCACAGUAGGAGCUGAAAUAACAAGUGCACCAGCUGAAUUAACCACUGGAGCAGUGGAAAUAACUACUGAAGGACCUGAAAUAACCACUGAUCCUGCUGAAAUGACCACUGGAGCAGCUGAAAUAACAACUGACCCUGCUGAAAUAACCACUGGAGCAGUGGAAAUAACUAGUGGGGCAGCUGAAAAAACCAGUGCACCAGCUGACAUUACCACAGUAGGAGCUGAAAUAACCAGUGCACCAGCUGAAAUAACCACUGGAGCAGUGGAAAUAACUACUGAAGGACCUGAAGUAACCACUGAUCCUGCUGAAAUGACCACUGGAGCAGCUGAAAUAACAACUGACCCUGCUGAAAUAACCACUGGAGCAGUGGAAAUAACUAGUGGGGCAGUUGAAAUAACCAGUUUGCCAGCUGAAAUUACCACAGUAGGAGCUGAAAUAACAAGUGCACCAGCUGAAUUAACCACUGGAUCAGCUGAAAUGACCACUGGAGCAGCUGAAUCAACAACUGACCCUGCUGAAAUAACCACUGGAUCAGCUGAAAUAACUACUGAAGGAGCUGAAAUAACCAGUGCACAAGCUGAAUUAACCACUGGAUCAGCUGAAAUAACUACCGAAGGAGCUGAAAUAACCAGUGCACCAGCUGGAAUAACCACUGAAGGAGCUGAAAUAACCACUAGAGCAGUGGAAAUAACUACUGACCCUGCUAAAAUAACCACUGGAGCAGUGGAAAUAAGUACUGGAGCAGCUGAAAUAACCACUAAAGGAGCUGAAAUAACCACUGAUCCUGCUGAAAUGACCACUGGAGCAGCUAAAAUUACCACUGACCCUGCUGAAAUAACCACUGAUCCUGCUGAAAUAACCACUGGUGCAGUGGAAAUAACUACUGGGGCAGCUGAAAUAACUACUGAAGGACCUGAAAUAACCACUGAUCCUGCUGAAAUGACCACUGGAGCAGCUGAAAUAACAACUGACCCUGCUGAAAUAACCACUGGUGCAGUUGAAAUAACUACUGGGGCAGCUGAGAGAACCAGUGCACCAGCUGAAAUAACCACUGCAGCAGUGGAAAUAACUACUGAAGGACCUGAAAUAACUACUGAUCCUGCUGAAAUGACCACAAGAUCAGCUGAAAUAACAACUGACCCUGCUGAAAUAACCACUGGAGCAGUGGAAAUAACUACUGGGGAAGCUGAAAAAACCAGUGCACCAGCUGACAUUACCACAGUAGGAGCUGAAAUAACCAGUGCACCAGCUGAAAUAACCACUGGAGCAGUGGAAAUAACUACUGAAGGACCUGAAAUAACCACUGAUCCUGCUGAAAUGACCACUGGAGCAGCUGAAAUAACAACUGACACUGCUGAAAUAACCACUGGAGCAGUGGAAAUAACUAGUGGGGCAGCUGAAAUAACCAGUUUACCAGCUGAAUUAACCACUGGAUCAGCUGAAAUGACCACUGGAGCAGCUGAAAUAACAACUGACCCUGCUGAAAUAACCACUGGAUCAGCUGAAAUAACUACUGAAGGAGCUGAAAUAACCAGUGCACCAGCUGAAAUAACCACUGAAGGAGCUGAAAUAACCACUGGAGCAGUGGAAAUAACUACUGACCCUGCUGAAAUUACCACUGGAGCAGUGGAAGUAACUACUGGAGCAGCUGAAAUAACCACUAAAGGAGCUGAAAUAACCACUGCACCAGCUCAAAUAUCCACUGGAUCAGCUGAAAUAACUACUGAAGGAGCUGAAAUAACCACAGACUCUGCUGAAAUUACCACUGGGGCAGCUGAAAUAACCACCACAGUAGCUGAAAUAACCACUAGAGAACAAGUUGAAAUAACCACUGAAAUACCUGGUAUAACCAGUGAACCAGCUGAAAUCACCACCAAAAAAACUGAAAUUACCAGUGCAGCAGCUGAAAUUACCACUAAAGGAGCUGAAAUAACCAGUGCACCAGCUGAAAUUACCACAGAAGGAGUUAAAAUAACCAGUGAACCAUCUGAAAUAACCACAAAAGAAGAUGAACUAUCCAGUUUACCAGCUGAAAUAACCACUGAAGGAGCUGAAAUAACCAGUGCACCAGCUGAAAUCACCACAGAUGGAGUUGAAAUAACCAGUGCACCAUAUGAAAUUACAUCAAAAGAAGCUGAAAUAACCAGUGCACCAUCUGAAAUUACCACAGUAGGAGCUGAAAUAACCAGUGCAUCAUCUGAAAUUACAACAAAAGAAACUGAAAUAACCAGUGCACCAUCUGAAAUUACAACAAAAGAAGCUGAAAAAACCACAGAAAUAGCUGAAAUAACCAGUGCACAAUCUGAAAUUACAACAAAAGAAGCUGAAAUAACCAGUGCACCAUCUGAAAUCACAACAAAAGAAGCUGAAAUAACCAGUGCACCAUCUGAAAUUACAACAAAAGAAGCUGAAAUAACCAGUGCACCAUCUGAAAUUACAACAAAAGAAGCUGAAAUAACCAGUAUACCAUCUGAAAUUACAACAAAAGAAGCUGAAAUAACCAGUGCACCAUCUGAAAUUACAACAAAAGAAGCUGAAAUAACCAGUGCACCAUCUGAAAUUACAACAAAAGAAGGUGAAAUAACCAGUGCACCAUCUGGAAUUACAACAAAAGAAGCUGAAAUAACCAGUGCACCAGCUGAAAUAACCAGUGCACCAGCUGAAAUUACCACAGAAGGAGCUGAAAUAACCAGC